AUAUGAACGAUUCUACCAUUGUUUCAAGCACGUGGUCAACAUCAAUUCCAAUCAUGACCAAGAACAUGUCUCUACAACAACAUCAGUUUGAGAUAACUCCGAUAUUUACCGCCACUACCGUGAUAUUGUUCUUUAUGGUCAUUGGAAUCGUUCUUGGGAAUGUCUUGGUUCUGGCAACAACCUGGCUGGAUAAGCGCCUCCAUCAACCAAACAAAUACUUUAUUGCCUGUCUUGCUGUCGCUGAUCUCCUUGUAGGAGUUUUUAGUGUUCCUAUUCGUCUGUACAUGCAAUUUGAUCCUUUACAACUGUACCCAAUUAAGCUUUGCCGUUUCUGGUUUUGGAUGGACAUCUUUUGUGAAGUAGCUUCUAUUGUUACGUUAACUGUGAUAAGUGUCGACCGUUAUUUUAAAAUCAGCAAGCCAUUCAAGUAUAGAGUUCGGAUGGAUACAACGGCGUCUGCAAUCGUAAUUGUGAAUAUUUGGCUUAUUUCCGCAGUGUGUGCUACGUUUAGUUUGUUCUCGUUUGGUGGCAGCGAUGCUGUAACGUCUGUGGUCGCUCGUGGAUGUCUUAACGACAAUAAGAUUUAUUACACCAUCCUUUCUGUGGUUUUCUUCUUCGCUCCUUCGGUAAUAGUUAUCCUCAUGUAUGCUUUUAUCUUUUACAUCGCCCAUCAAAGGCAGAAAAUGAACAGAAGAGGUGAAUUGGGACAGUCCUCUGCGGUUUCCAAAACUGAUAAAAAGGGAAAAGAAUUUCGUCAGGAGUUAAAGACAAUACGGAUGUUAUCUCUAGUUGUAUGCACCUUCAUCUUUUGCUGGGGUCCUUCCUUUAUUCUACUUUUGAUUCAACUUUACAAAAUAGAAUAUAUUGUCUUGUUACCUCUAAAAGAUUGGCAAAUAAUCGGUAGCCUAUUCAUUGUCAUUCUUCCGUCCUUUAACAGUCUUUGCAAUCCGCUAAUCUAUGCCUGUUUUGAUCGCAAGUAUAACAAUGCUUUCAAACAUCUACUUAAAAAAUACAUUUUAUGCGCAUUUCUAUCAAGGCAAAAUACGCGAACCAGCACAAGCUCAACCACUCGCAGAACAUACCUCAGUAAAGAAAGUGGCCACAGUACUGGAAAUUCAUCCUCUUCUCGGCUAAUGUUUGAACUGCAGGAUAACCCGCGGGCAUCAGACGGUCAGUGCGAAAAGUAACUAAUCGCUUCAAAGUAAACGCU